CGCGGCUCCUGCAGUAAGAUGGCGGCUGAGAGCAUGUCGGUGGCCGGGGACAGGAGGAGCAAAACUGCAGGGAAUAAGCGGUCGCUUCCAGAUCUCGAUGAAACGGACCAGCUUUCCGUCUCUGAAAAUGCAGCACUUGAUGAAGAUGGAGAUGACCUGACAGACAGUGAAGAGAGCCUUUUCUCUGGCCUGGAUGAUUCAGGGAGUGACAGCAGUGCUGACGAAGAUGAGGAUAAAGAAAGCAAUGAUGAUAGUGGACUUGAAGAGAAGACUAUUAAGAAGUGUAGCAAACAGGAUGUUAAGAAUCUUCAAGUAACCAGGAAGGGGGAGGGAGAAAACAAUAGAAAGUUCUCAGAGUCAGAUUGCAGUCUCCACCUGGAGCAGCCUGGGCCGACCCCUCCAGGAGAUGAAUAUGAAGAGGACACUUCAGAUGAAGAGGAUAUCCGGAAUACUGUCGGUAAUAUCCCUAUGGAAUGGUACAAGGACUAUCCACAUAUUGGUUAUGAUCUUGACGGAAAGAAAAUCUACAAACCAAUCCGAAAUAAAGAUGAGCUGGAUGAAUUUCUCGAUAAAAUGGAAAAUCCAGAUUAUUGGCGUACUAUUCCAGAUAAGAUGACUGGUACUGAAAUUCGACUAACUGAUGAACAAAUAGACCUCAUCCACAGAAUCCAGAAGGGUCAGUUUGGAGAUGCCAAGUUUAAUCCACAUGAGCCUUACAUUGAUUUUUUCACCCAUGAGACGAUGAUUCACCCAGUCACCAACCAUCCAGCUCACAAGCGAAGCUUCAUUCCAUCGCUCAUCGAGAAGGAAAAGGUAUCAAAACUGGUCAAUGCAAUAAAAAUGGGCUGGAUCAAACCACGCAAGCCUCGAGAUGACACGCCACAGUACUAUGACUUGUGGGCAAAGGAAGAUCCCAAUGCAAUCCUGGGACGUCAUAAAAUGCACGUCCCUGCACCCAAGCUGAAGCUCCCAGGGCAUGAGGAAUCUUAUAACCCACCACCUGAGUACUUGCUAACAGAGGAAGAGAGACUGGCCUGGGAACAGCAGGAACCCGAGGAACGGAAGCUGAACUUCCUCCCACAGAAAUUCACAUCUUUGCGUGCCGUGCCUGCAUUUUCACGCUUCAUUCACGAACGCUUUGAACGAUGCCUCGAUCUCUACCUCUGUCCACGACAAAGGAAAAUGAGGGUAAAUGUGGACCCUGAAGACUUGAUACCAAAGCUUCCCAAACCAAAGGAUCUCCAGCCUUUCCCAACCACUCAAGCACUGGUUUACACAGGGCACACUAACUUGGUGCGGUGCAUCGGUGUCUCUCCCAGCGGGCAGUGGCUGGCCUCGGGCUCUGAUGACAGCACAGUUCGGUUUUGGGAGGUUUGCACAGGCCGUUGCCUAAGAACAAUCGAAGUGGAAGGCGUAGUGAGAAGCAUCGCUUGGAAUCCUAACCCGGUUCAGUGCCUCGUGGCAUUGACUGUUGAGCAAUCUGUUAUCAUUAUUAAUCCAUGCUUGGGUGAUAAGUUGUUGUAUAAUGCAACAGACCAAAUCAUUGCAUCAUUUGAGAAACCAGAGGAAGAACCUGUCCAACCUGUGGAAUGGACUGCUGCUGAUGGAGAUGCUUUUGACAAAGGAUACCGGCUCAUCAUCAAACACAACAAGCUGGUGAAACAGGUCACUUGGCACGGAAAAGGGGAUUACUUAGCAACAGUUGUCCCAGACAACGGUAACGCACAGGUCCUCAUCCACCAGCUCAGCAAGCGGCGGAGUCAGAAUCCCUUCCGCAAGAACAAAGGCAUGGUGCAGUGUGUGCUAUUCCACCCUAUCAGACCAUUCUUCUUCGUGGCCACACAACGUUACAUCCGUAUCUACAACCUCCUCAAGCAGGAACUCACCAAGAAGCUCAUGACUAACUGCAAGUGGGUGUCGAGCAUGGCUGUGCAUCCUGGUGGUGAUAACGUGAUCUGUGGCAGUUAUGAUAGUCGUCUUGCCUGGUUUGACCUGGAUCUGUCCACCAAACCUUACAAAAUGCUCAGGCAUCACAAGAAAGCUCUGCGGGGAGUAGCAUUCCAUAAACAUUACCCGCUGUUUGCCUCCGCUUCUGAUGACGGCACUGUUAUUGUCUGCCACGGAAUGGUUUACAGUGACCUACUCCAGAAUCCAUUGAUUGUUCCUGUGAAGUUGCUGAGAGGCCACGAAAUCACACGAGACCUGGGGGUUUUGGAUGUGACUUUCCACCCAACCCAGCCCUGGCUCUUCUCAGCGGGAGCUGACUCCACCAUCCGCCUGUUCACAUAAUGUUUAGCUGCUUGUACGGAUGCACCAGACUUUGUUACCCAUAACAUAAAAUUUUAAAAAUUUAAGUCUCUUCCUUUCGUCCUACCACAUCAAGCAGUGGAUGGGAUGAAGAUGAUAGUGUCUCUUGCCAGCCUUUGAGAAAUUGGCCCAGACUUUUCCCAUUAAGCAGCAGUUGACCAUGUUAUGCACACUACCCUUCCCCAUACAUUGAACUAAAUCACAAGUGAGACACUUUGCUCUCCCAUUGUUACCUCCGUAUACUUCCCCACGCAGAGUCACUUAGUAUUUCAAUGGGACUUACGCUAUAGCGGGGCAUGCAAGCUCAGUAUUUCUGUUUAAAGGGUUUCUUCCUAAAGUACCAGAGCAGCCACAGAGAUCUCACAAGUUCGGCUCAACAUAGGAACAAAACAAAUCCACCUGAUCUUAGAACCCCUGACAUCUGGUUGUAUCCUUGUCCUGUAUUACCUCUUAUUAUUAAUAGCAUCAUUUUCCCUUCAUUCUGAAAGUGGAACCUCAUAGGUGAAAUUUAUCCACUUUCAAGGAUGGCUAUUCCACUUCUUAAUAUGGGAGAGCUGUUGGCAAUGCUGAGCGAGUGUCUCAGGCUUCAAUAACCAACCCAGUCCCUCAGUGGAAGCUGAAGGUGUUCAGGCUGCAAACCUUUUCAUCAGGCCCUAGGGGCAGGUAGUAACAGUGUAGCAGGCUCUUGGUCAGCCAUGCCUUCUGUGGUGACCAACUGCUAGCUAACUGUUCCAGGAAGACAAGCUAAUGGAAGCAGAGGAAUCCAUCACAGAAAUCCAUUCCAAGUUGAAUAAUUAUCCCCACUCUAGAUCGACUCUUUCAUUAAACAUUCAGCAUUUUGAACACUUAGAAGGCAGACUUAAGAGCAAUUCCAGUUUCUUCAUAUAACUAGAGUCUCUGAACCCUCUUUACCAUUCAGUAAAUGAGCUCCGUACCCUCAGCAAGUGUCUCAUCCUUUUUUCAAAAAAGUUUGGCAACAACCUGAAUUGAAACAGGAGAUUUGUUGGAGAAAUAAAAUGGAACCAGAAAGGAAUGUUUUCAAAUCAUAUACAUUUUUAGAUCUUUGUAUAAUAUGUACCAUAUUUCCACUGAUUUAGUGAUAUUACAUUCAGCAGUUUUAUUAUUAAAGACAUCUCUACCA